CCUCGUCGGCUCCUCGGUACUAGUCCGGCUAUUGUUGUGUGUCUUUCAGGGCAAGCCUGACCUAUCAGCGGCCGGUGAUUUCUGGAUAUUUUAACUGUUUUGCGGCGCUUUCACUCCGCCAUAUUAAGCGGUCUUUGUCAGCCGGCGGCGUAUGCUCGUUUUAAAGGACUAUCAGGGAUCCCAGCGGAGGACUUUGGGCUGGUGAAGUAGUUAAUCGGUAUGGGACAGACGGAAGACUGAGAUUCCACGUUAGAGAGACUGCUUGUGUCGGCUGUUUCCACUUUGGAUUGUCGACGUGAAAAAAGAAAAAAAAAAACGUGGGGUGGAAAAAAAAAGAUCACAGGACGCAUGUAGCCGAACUACAACACUGCAAAGGUCGCUUUUAAGGCUUGACAAUGGGUUGCGUCAGGAGUAAAGAAGACAAGAGCCCGGCGCUGAAGUACCGACCCGAUAACUCAAAUGCCACGCCGGUCAACGCCCACCUGGGCCACUACGGGCCCGACCCCACCCUGAUGGGUCAUUCGCCAGCAAUGAAGACACACAACAACAGCUACAACAGCCACGCCAGCGCCCUCACGCCUUUUGGCGGAGCGUCCUCAGUCAUGACGCCCUUCGGCGGGGCGUCCACCUCCUUCACCUCGGUGGCUGUGAGCAGUCCCUUCCCUAGUGUCAUCACAGGCGGUGUAACAUUUUUUGUAGCGCUGUACGACUACGAAGCGAGGACGUCGGACGAUCUGUCGUUCAAAAAAGGGGAUCGCUUCCAGAUUAUCAACAACACGGAAGGCGACUGGUGGGAGGCUCGCUCCAUUAACACCGGACAGAAAGGUUACAUCCCCAGUAACUACGUGGCCCCAGCCGACUCCAUACAGGCUGAAGAAUGGUACUUUGGUAAAAUGGGCCGCAAAGACGCUGAGCGUCUCUUAUUGCUUCCAGGGAACCAGCGGGGCACUUUCUUGGCACGAGAGAGUGAGACGACCAAAGGUGCCUACUCUCUGUCUAUCCGGGACUGGGAUGAGAUAAAGGGAGACAACGUCAAACACUACAAAAUCCGUAAGCUGGAUAACGGUGGUUAUUACAUCACCACUCGGGCCCAGUUUGAGACACUACAGAAGCUGGUGAAACACUACACAGAACAUGCCGAUGGUCUGUGCUACAGGCUGACGACCGUGUGCCCCACGGUGAAGCCUCAGACUCAGGGACUAGCUAAGGAUGCCUGGGAAAUUCCCCGAGAGUCCCUCCGACUGGAGGUCAAACUGGGCCAGGGUUGCUUUGGAGAAGUCUGGAUGGGCACAUGGAAUGGAACUACUAAGGUGGCGAUCAAGACCCUGAAGCCCGGCACCAUGUCCCCAGAGGCUUUCCUGCAGGAGGCUCAGAUCAUGAAGAAACUCCGACAUGACAAACUGGUACCUCUCUAUGCAGUGGUGUCUGAGGAACCCAUCUACAUCGUCACCGAGUUCAUGGGCAAAGGGAGUUUACUGGACUUCCUGAAGGAGGGAGAUGGGAAAUAUCUGAAGCUGCCUCAGCUGGUGGAUAUGGCUGCACAGAUUGCAGACGGCAUGGCCUUCAUUGAGAGGAUGAACUAUAUCCACAGGGACCUGAGAGCUGCCAACAUUCUGGUGGCUGAUAACCUGGUGUGUAAAAUCGCCGACUUCGGCCUGGCUCGGCUCAUCGAGGAUAACGAGUACACCGCCAGACAAGGUGCUAAGUUCCCCAUCAAGUGGACGGCCCCUGAAGCUGCUCUGUACGGCCGCUUCACUAUCAAAUCAGAUGUCUGGUCAUUUGGUAUACUACUGACUGAACUGGUGACCAAGGGCAGAGUACCAUAUCCAGGUAUGGUGAACCGAGAGGUACUUGAGCAGGUAGAACGAGGAUACCGCAUGCCGUGUCCCCAGGGCUGCCCCGAGUCUCUCCACGAGAUGAUGAGGCAGUGCUGGAAGAAGGAGCCAGACGAGAGACCGACAUUCGAGUACAUCCAGUCCUUUUUGGAAGACUACUUCACAGCCACAGAGCCACAGUACCAGCCAGGGGACAACCUCUAGUUCAGGGGAUUUUGGGGGAACUGUGGCAUCACACAGAGAUACAUCAGAGGAGAGCAAAACUUGGGAAAACGGAGAACUGCUGGAGGAAAAAAAAAGAGGUUUUAGUGCUACAAAUGAGUCCACAACCACACUGGCAUAUCUGCAAGUGCAAGAAGUAAAUGUUUUCUGAAGUAGAGGUUUGUCCCUUGUGUACCUGGGGACCAAUAAUCUGGAAGCAUCCAAGUGUGCAGAUUGGUGCUGGUACGUUAAGCUCUGGGAACCCUGCUAAUCAGAAUAAUCCAUAUGGACUGACAGGCCACGACACUGUGAUCAAACAGAGAUUAAUUUCAAAUCGAUGGCUACUUGCAGAUGCACAGUUUUUUUUUACUUUUUUAUGAUUCCCCCCAACCCCCACCCCCGCCCCUCCAAUCUCCCCCUUUUUAUUUUAUUUUACAACACAAUUCUUUGAAAUCUUUUAUAUGUACAUGAGUUUGGUUUGAAUAUGUAGGUUGAUAAGUUUUUUUUUUUUUUAAGCGACCAAGAACUGGUUGAGUUGUAGAGUAUGUGCUGUGACUGUAAAGCUUUGAUGGAGAAGAGUGAAGCGAUGUAAAUGAAAAUGGAUGCAAGAAUGUACUGAGAGAUCAAAGCAGAUGUACAGUAUGUGCGAAAAAAGUGUAUUUUCAGCAGGUGCGAUCAGGCGGACGAAUGAGAACAUGAGAAGUGAUUUGCAUGUUUCUUUUUAACACGGUCACUUGAAUGGCAAAUCACGUCGAUUUCUAACGCUUUUACUUAUUUUCAUUCGAAAGGGGACUUGAAAUCAUAGAGAUAUUUUGAUAAUUUACAAGUGCAAAAAACAUCUUUCCUGUUUUAACAUUUUAUAAAUGUUUUGAAAUGGACAUUUCCAGUGCACAGCUCUGAUUGCUGUGAAAAGACUCUUAACAUGUUUCUCCUCAUGUUGCACACAUUUACACAGCGUAACUUUACAGCAGAUGAAUUACCUGACAUACUGUAGAUGGUACAGUGUGCUGUUAGAUCUAUUAAAUUCACAUCAUGUAAAUCAUACAUGCAGCUGUAGUUUUUUCUUCUUUUUCUCAGUAAAAUUCCACCAUCAUAUGAUAAAUGAACCUUCAAUGUCCUUAGUACGCUGUUUUUUUACCCCAAAAAACUGUAAAUGGAACAAUGAAAAGCCACUCUGUGUUUUGUUUUAUAGAACAGAAUUUGCAGAAUCUGAAAUCCUAUGUUGAACUCUCCUUGCGGUUCUGUUAUUUCAAAUCCCAGUGGUAGAGAUUAUGGAUCACUUUUGCAGCGAGGUAACUAGAACCAGACAGAACAAACACCUUGCACACUCUGUGGUCAGAUCAGGGCUUUUUUACUUUAAAUAGAGAGAAUCUAAAAGUCCAAUCACAAGUUCUUAGCGGUACUUCAACUGUCUGUCCAGCAGUGUAUGAUGGGAGAGUUGAGGAGAUGGAAAGCCCUCUUCUUCUUGUCAUUAAGUAAGUAAACUAAAGGAUUGGACAAAGAUGUGAAAAUUGUUUUGUUUUUCUUUCUGUGCUUCACUCACGAGAGCCUAAUAUGUGAUCGUUCCUGAAGACAGGACUUGAACUAGUGGGGAGAUGAUAAUGAAAUUACUGAGAACUAAUAUGAUUUUGUACAGAAAAAAAUAAAAGUUUUACUUAAAAGUUUCA